GUCUAGAACAUCCAGAAGAAAUCCCAGGGACACACAUGACAGAAUUUCUUGUGAAAGGAUCUAUAUACCCGUGUUCUUUACAAUCAAAAGAGGACUAAGCACCUUAUAUCUAAAGGAAUCGUGCUUUACCUGUCAGGUGUUUGCUUACCAUGUCAGUUAUGCUUGCUGUCAUACAUCUUCUAGGUCUUUUGUCUCUGACACGCAAAACAUUUGGAUCAGAGCCCAGUGUACCAACGCCGAUUACCUGUAUGACCCGUGGCACCGACUUGGCAGAAGACCGCCCUCUAGUGGCUUGCCCCUCCAAUUGUGCAGUCUGGCAGGUCUCCGUGUUCGGUUCAGGAGUUUAUGCUUCGGUUUCCAGUGUCUGUGGAGCAGCUAUACACAGUGGUGUGAUUACCACAGCAGGAGGUUCUUUGAAAAUCCAAAAACUACCAGGAAGAGAAAACUAUCUGGGUUCAUUCUCGAAUGGAGUCAAGUCUCAGCCGCUGGCCCGAUGGACUGCAUCAUUCUCUGUGCACAAGUUGGAACCCCUGGAGGUCUCUGGCCAGACGAGCACCGCUGUCUUGCCCAAAUCUGAGCCGGCAAAGAAACCUUUGAAGAAGACUGUGAAAAAGCCACCCUCCAAUGGAAACAGAGACUGCCAGGUGGACAUUGCCAUGCUGCUGGAUGGCAGCCACAAUAUCGGACAGCGUCGCUUCAUCUUACAGAAGAAUUUUGUUAGCAAGCUGGCGCUGAUGCUGCGGGUUGGGCCAGACGGACCACACGUCGGGAUGGUGCAGGCCAGUGGAACACCAGUGACUGAAUUCUACUUGAACAACUUCACUCAACCAAAGGAUUUGAUUUUUGCAAUCAAAGAGAUGCCAUUCAGAGGUGGAAAUACCAACACAGGUAAGGCCAUGAAACACACAGUGGAUAGUUUUUUCACCUCGGAACGUGGAAUCAGACUUGGGUUUCCUCGCGUGGCCGUGAUCUUCGUGGAUGGGUGGCCUUCUGAUGACCUAGAGGCGGUUGCUACACGGGCCAGAGAAACAGGAGUCAAUGUCUUUGUGGUGACAGUGGCCAAGCCUACUGCUGAAGAGAUGGGGAUGGUGCAGGACAAAGGUUUCGCUGAGAAGGCAGUAUGCAAAGACAAUGGCUUCUUUACCUUCACCAUGCCCAGCUGGUUCAGCACCAACAAGUUCGUCAAGCCACUAGCACAGAAACUUUGUAUGACUGACCAGAUGCUGUGCAGCAAAACUUGUUUCAAUUCAGUCAACAUUGGUUUUCUCAUCGAUGGCUCAAGUAGUGUAGGUGAUGGAAAUUUCCGGCUGGUGCUGGACUUCCUGUCUGACAUAACUGAUUCUUUUGAGAUCUCUGAUAUCGGUUCCCGAGUGGCCGCUGUGCAGUUCACCUAUGACCAAAAGAUGGAGUUUGAUUUCAACAAACACCUAUCAAAGAAUGAUGCCCUGGCAGGCAUAAGAGGCAUCCGCUACAUGAGUGGAGGGACAGCCACAGGGGAUGCUUUAAAUUAUGCUGUUUCCAGUCUUUUCUCCCCUCGAAAGAGUGGCAAACAUUUCCUGGUCAUUAUCACAGAUGGGCAGUCCUAUGAUGAUGUCAGAGCCCCAGCAGUUGCUGCCCAGAAGGCAGGCAUCACAGUGUAUGCAGUAGGCGUAGCCUGGGCUCCCCUUGAGGACCUCCAAGCCAUGGCAUCAGAGCCUAAAGACCGCCAUGCCUUCUUUACAAAGGAGUUUUCAGGCCUGAAACAGUUUUCUCAAACCAUUGUCAAAGGAAUCUGCAGAGACUUCACUGAGGGAAAGUGAAUUUUAAACUGCUUUAAACACCCUGCCUCUGAAAAUUAGCCCAUAAAACAUUAGAAGCUUUUAAAAUACUUUUUUUUCACAAAGCAAGUUAUCAAUACCUUACCACUUUUAUUUACUUUAUGAAAAUUUAGGUUUCAUUUUAAGUUUUCAAGGAAAAGAUAAACCAAAUGGAUAUGCCCAACAGCCUCAUGCUACUAAAGACAAGAUACAAAAUCAGACUGUUGAAUGCUUUUUGUGUUAGAGUUACACAGACAGAGCAAAUCUACAGUUUCUGUCUGUUAAUAAGAUACAUCCUGUAGACAAAACAUAGUAACUGAGAAUAUUUUCUCAAAUUAGACACAACCUGUAGCCAUUAUACCCUUUACAAAUAAUAUUCAACUCCAAAUUUUGGCAUUUUCGUCAUUUUAUUUAUCAGUGUUGCUUAUUCUUCUUGCUCUUAAGACCAGUUCGAAAGGUUGUAUAGAUUUUUAAUCAUUAUAUGUUAGGUGUGCCACUUGAUUACAUACAAUGUAAAAGUAAAAAAUUCUAUGUAUUUUCUAAGACAUUCAAAGCAUCUGCUAAAGAAACCGGAUUCUGAUAGUUAAAAUGUCCUGUGCCUGACCUACCCUGAAAGAGAACCAUAACUGAAGUCCAAAGCACUAUUUCUCAUGUCUCAUCUUAUUCUUGGCUGCUGCUGUUGAUUGGGUAUACAGUAUAUUAUAUAAACAGGAAGCUGUUAUAGACUAUGGCUAGCUUAAAAGGUCCUUCGGGAGCAAAUUCUAAUUAAUCCCUUUUCCUCUCAAUUGCAUUGAAGCCUAUGCACAUCAUGUUUAGAGAUAAUUGUCUAUGCUAGCCUUCUGUAUACUAAAGAUAGUAUAUGUUACAAAGGAUGUUAUUGUGUGCAUGUAGACAAUUAUUUUGCAUGCAUACCAUUUGUUCACUAAUCAAAAUAUAAAGGGGAAAUUUGGAACAAGUCUGUAUUUCUUUACUUUGUAACUUAUUACACUUCUUCCAAUAAAGGAUAUAUUGUAUUUUUACAA